AUGAGCUUCAUGCGUAGCGGGGGAACUGUUCCUCGGAUGAUGCGUCCCUACCGAGCCUCCAGUCUUCUCCGCAUUCGCAGCCCCAUUACUCCCGUCUCAAACCGAGGGUUCCAUGCAAUUUCGUCUCUCCUGGGUACAAAGUCGCAGAUUCUAAAAGAUGUCGGAGAAGGUAUCACCGAGGUUCAGAUUAUACAGUGGUACGUCGAGGAGGGAGCACACAUUGAGGAAUGGAAGCCAUUAUGCCAAUAUCAGUCAGAUAAAGCAGUUGAUGAUAUUACAUCUCGAUAUGAGGGAGUGAUCAAGAAACUACAUUUCGAAGCUGACGAUACUGUUCCCACCGGCCAAGCGCUUUGCGAGAUCGAAGUUGAGGACGGCAAAUAUCCUGACGAUCACGCUCCUUCGCCCCAAGCAGAGCCGGCGCAAACUGAGCCUGCUGCCGAGGCUGCAACUGUGGAAGCAAUCCAUGCAGCCGAGCAAGGAGAGACCACACACCAAGAAGCUCCUUCAGAAGUCCCGAAAUCAAAACAUGCAUCCCUCGCUACACCGGCUGUCAGGGGACUACUCAAGACUCACGACAUCGAUAUCCUCAGUAUCAAUGGAACCGGCAAAGAAGGGCGUGUGCUGAAAGAGGACGUCUUGAAAUAUGUGGAAGCAAGGAAAUCUUCCUCCGAAUCACCUUCCUCCACAACCUCAGUUGUAUCAAAAACUCCAGACACCCGACAGGCUGAGACUGAAGCCAAGCUCACUCCCAUCCAAUCCGCCAUGUUCAAAACCAUGACCAGGUCUCUACAAACACCACAUCUUCUUUAUGCCGACGAACUCAAAGUCAACGACAUUUCAUCCAUCCGCAAAAAGCUGCUCAGCGAUGCCCGGGACCCCAAGAAAAUUACAUUCUUGCCUUUCGUCGUGAAAGCCGUCUCACUCGCCCUUGACGAGUUCCCCAUUCUCAACGCCCGCGUCGAUACUAGCACCCCGGAUAAGCCCAAGCUAAUAAUGCGCGCUAAGCACAAUAUCGGCAUUGCUAUGGAUACACCGAGCGGGCUUGUCGUGCCGAACAUCAAAGACGUUGCUAGCCGAUCAAUCUUCGACAUUGCGGCUGAGAUCGCCCGCCUUAGUGCCCUAGGAAAGAGUGGCAAAUUGACACCGGCUGACCUGAGCGGAGGCACCAUCACCGUAUCAAAUAUCGGUAAUAUCGGUGGGACAUAUGUGGCACCAGUUAUUGUCCCCACAGAAGUGGCCAUUCUGGGCGUGGGCCGAACCAGGAUUGUUCCUGUCUUUGAUGAAGACGGGCAGGUUGCGAAGGGAGAGCUAGUCAAUUUCAGCUGGAGUGCGGAUCACAGGGUCAUUGAUGGGGCUACUAUGGCGCGCAUGGGUAAUCGGGUACGAGAGUUUAUUGAAUCGCCCGAGUUGAUGCUCCUGAACCUGAGAUAG